UAUAUUCAAAUAGUUAUUUUAUUCAAUGUGAAAAUUACAUUAGAAUUGGUUGUAUGAUUUAUGUAACUAAUACAUAUUUGAUUCCAUUGAAAAAGACUGAUCAUGGUUAUCAAAUAUACUCUCACUAUAUAGUUACAUAACCAAGUUUUAUAUAGAUUGAUUAAGGAUAAAAUCAUUACAACAUGGAUACAAAUAUUUUAUUAUGCUCAAAUUCUUACAAGAAUGAAUCAGAUUAUUUUGAAGGUAUGAACAUGUCAUACUGUCAAGCAACAUUCAAUUCAAUUCAUCAGUGUUGGCCGCCUACACUAGCUGGACGGUUUGCGAAAUUACCUUGUCCAUCAAAUGUCACCGAUUUUCAUUACAAUGAAAAUGAUGACUCUUUUCGUGAAUGUUUAGCAAAUGGAAGUUGGGCUGAAUUUGCUGAUUAUUCAGCAUGUACGAUUAUUUAUCCAUUAACAGAUGAAUUCUUCAUCUUUUUAUGCUUUCUCAUUGGUUAUAUUAUAUCUAUGAUAAGUGUUAUUAGUGGAAUUUUCAUACUUCAAUAUUUUCGGUCACUAAAAUGUGUACGUAAUAAUAUUCAUACUCAUUUAAUGAUCGCCAUACUAUUACGUGCUUCUUCAUGGAUUUGUCUAGCUUUAAUAAAUACAACUAUGUUGUUACGUUCACAAGUUGUUAAUAAUAUAUUAACAUGUCUUUUGGCUUUUGGAAUGAUAGCAGUCUAUAGUUGGAUGCUUAUUGAAGGAAUACAUCUAAUGAAUAUUUUAUUCCUAACAUUUAUUGUUAGAAGGUUUCGUUUCACUUGCUAUAGUAUCAUUGGUUGGGGGAUUCCAUCUGCAUUGACGUGUUCGUGGGCAACCGCAAAAUCAGUGAAAUUAGGACAUAUACAUCUGUGGACUGAACCAACUACAUCUGACCCUGAAGGGAUACUUGUUGUUACAUCAAUUCUUAUUACACUUGCAGUAAAUUUUUUUAUUAUGUCCAUCACAUUAUUCAUGCUAUUGACAAAACUUCAUAGACAACCAACUGGAAUAGCGGGUAGUCGAAAAACAAAAGUCAAUAGAACAAUUGAACUACAACGUCAGCGUUCACGUGGGACACGUCAACUAAGAUUAUUAUCGAAUAAUCCAAUUACACUAAGUAACAAAUUAACCACAAUAACAAUGACAGGGUCAGAAAGAGUAAACAAAUCUCAGGUUGAAUUACAAUUAAACGAUAAAACUGGUGUACAGCAAGAAAGGAUUAAAACAAUAGACAAUAACAACAAUAAUUCUAUUACUACUACUGCUAAUACCAAUAGUAAUAAUCAUAGCAAAAUUAAUAUCACUGCUGAAAUAAUUAAUCUAGAUGCACAAACACCAAUUAUACCACUAAAAACAAUCCUAGAAACAACUUCAACAAUAAAGACAGCAGGAGAUAAUAUGCAGUUAACAACAGGCAAUAAGAUGAAAACGAAAUUUCUAAAAUCAUCUUCAAAAACUUCAAAUGCUCCAUCAUAUUCAGCAGCUGCAAGUAUCACUUCUUCCGUAAAUUCAAAUGUUUCAGGAACUCAGCCGAUUAAAUCUGAUGUAACAAUUACUAUGGAUGAUAAAGUUAUGAAUAAUAAACAUACAAACAAGUGUGAUAAAAAAGUUUGUAAAAACUCUUCAAUUAAUCAAUGGAAAACCAGCAAGUAUUUCCAACGCAAAAGUAUUGACAGUAGUUUCCUAUCUUCCCCUGCAAUACGUAUAAAAGAGAUUAGGAAAGCCAUCAAAGCUAUAAUAUUUCUGAUGCCAUUGCUGGGUUUUUCACAGUUAAUAUUCUUAAUACCUUAUAGUAAAGAAUUCGGUAGAGUAUUUGAUUAUAUCAACGCAAUUAUGCUUUCUACUCAGGGUUUCUGGGUUACGUUAAUUUAUUGUUUCCUAAAUUCCGAAGUUCAACGUGUCCUUCGUACAAGAUGGCGUAUCUUAUGUCCAACUUUAAAAACUCAAUUAUCAGAACGUAUUCAACAAAAACAAUCAUUUAUAACAAAUCCAAUAUUAUUAUCAAAUAAUAAUUAUGAUAUAGAACAACCAUAAUUUUAAUUAUUACCGAGAUAAGAUCAUUUAAUCACCAGUAUUGCAAUGUUUUCAUUUGUUUCUAUCUUAUAUUAAUUAUGUAAUCUGAUACUGAAGACUUGAAGUUAUACAUUUACAGAUAAUACGUUCAAAAUGAAAUCUCGAUCUAUAUGAAUUUUAUUACACUACUAUUGAUUCUCCUACAUUUAGAUUCCUUUGUAUUUUAUCCGGACAUUUCAUUAUGGUGAUAAUGAUUUAAAUUUAGGAUUGUAAAGCUACUUCUAAUUUCAUCUUUGUUUUCUUCAAAAACUUCUUAUUAAAAUAUUACAGUCUAUUUUUCACUUUUCAUUCUAAUGGUAUCAUAUUCUCUAAAGUAGAUUAUUUGAUUCUAGAACUUUUAUUAUAGUUCUGGAUGAUAACAUCAUCACCUUCCAAUUUGUAUAGAAGUGAACAGUAUGACAGAAACAUUCAUUUCCAUAUAAAGUAUAAACUGAUAAUAAUAAUGUUAUUUCGAACAAUAAAAUCAUUCAAUUUAUCUUUCAAUCUUCACUAGCGCUUUCACUACCUUUCCAUUUACAAUUUCUAUUACAUCAAUGUCAUAUGAUAUAUUUGUCAAUUUACUGAAAUAAUUUUACUGUUUAUUAUUCGAAAUCCCUCUUCAUUCAUAUAAUAUUCUAUAAUAAUAAAUAUUUC